AUGGUUUUACAGUUGGAAAAGCGCGACGGGCAGGCAAAGGAAUUAGAAAGUCCUGAAAAAAAUGAAAACAUCCAAGUGGUGGAACUUCCCAUCGUAGGCUGGUUAUCUCAGGACCUAAGGCCGGACUUCCUGCCAUUGGCAAUCCCAGAAGACAUCUCAGAGAGACUGGAAAGAGUACAUGGUAACCCUGCCGUUUGGUGGAUAGGUCAGAUCAUGACCUACAUUCUGAGACCUCAGCCUCAACUCCAAGAAUUCAUGGACAAUGAGACAGCGGCCUUAGGAUUCACACAUCCGAUCGUUGGCAUUCAAGUGAGGCGUACAGAUAAACUCAUCUGGGAAGCCAAAUUUCACGGUAUCGCGGAGUACAUGGUCUACGCCAAAGAAUUCUACCAGGAAUUGGAGAAGAGACAAGAAGUGCGGGUCAGGAGAAUCUUCUUAGCAACAGACGAGGCCAGUCUGCUCGAAGAAGCCAAGAAAAAAUAUCCUGGUUACGUGUUUGUAAGUGACAAUACUAUAUCUCAGUCAGCAAAAGUAUCAACAAGAUUGUCAGAGGAAUCUUUUAUGGGUAUCAUCGUUGACAUUCAUCUUUUGGCUCGUUCGGAUUUUCUCGUUUGCACGUGCUCCUCAAAUGUUUGUCGACUAGCUUACGAGAUGAUGCAGCAUUACCACGUGGAUGCUGCCACCAAAGUCCGCUCCCUUGAUAGCAAAUUCUUCUUUCAAGGUCAGACUCCAAAUAGCUUAGGCAAAAAAGCCAAGAUGCCUGUGUAUGAAGGGGCUGAGAACGUUCACUUGUAAUCCCCAAAUCCAAAGCCGAAGCCAUUUUUACAUCAUCGAUUGGUUGAUUGAAUCAAUUUAUUUUCAUAAAACACUAAAAACUGAGCAGACCAUCAUAGAUUGAAAUCAACAACUAUCGAUCGCUGUUUGGAAAAAAACCACAUGUCUAUUAUACCAUAAUCAUGAUAAUAUAGUGCAGUAUAAAAUAUUACAUGACUGAAGAUCUGACACAUGAAGAGUUGAAGACCUCAUUCAGCAUAUAGGGCAUGUAUAUACAGGAACUUUUUAAAAACAAGGUGAAGCUCCGCUUCUCAGCCGGGAAGUACGAUGCGACUCGGAAACUUAGCAGUUGCCUUGAAGUCAUUAGGUUCUGGUCUUUUAACAAUAGACUUUGCCUUAAUGAACGAAAAUAUGAAAUGAUCCACAUUACUUCCAAAUUCAGAAACACCGAUUCCUUUCCCGACUUGGUUACCGGAGAUGAUUCACUGAAGGGUAGUGGAUACGUACUAGACCUUGGUGUUUUAAUCGACAACAAUCUUAUAUUUCAGCAGCAUAUUAAAAACGUCUGUAUUAAAAUCUGCAUCUGUUGGAAUCAUUAAAAUCACAAAUUUAAGUCCUUGCUGAAAACGUACCCUUUUAAUUCAUGGAUGAUAUUCUGCAGUCGGUCAAAGGAGGUGCACACCGUGUUGUUCCUUGUUUUUUUGAUCUUAUGUUUGAUUUCAUUUAUAUUAUUAUUAUUAUAUAUAUAUAUAUAUAUAUAUGCAUGAUUUAUUGAAUAAAGAACAGAUUCAAAAUUUGUGUGUUUAUUAUAAGUUUUGGUUAAUAUUUUUAAGUCAGACAAUAUUGCGCUUAGAGACACCCGUAUUAAUCCCCUAAUAAACACUGUGGAUUAGUAUUAUCAUUAAGAGGAGAAACCAAGCGGGAGUCCCGUACGAGUUCAAAUCGGACAGUUUUGUCCAGACUGUCAGGUGAAUUUAUGUAUGUAUAUAUGUAAUGUAUGAUAUGACAUGUAGAAUUUAUUAUAUACAGUUAACAACUAAUUAUUCAUACCCCCUCGUAAAUUUGAUGUUUUUGUGUUUUUCGUAACCUGAGAAUGAAAGGUGGACUGGUUGAUGAAUUGGGGCCUUUGUUGAAUAUUUUGAGAUGUAAGUUUUAAUAUACAACUUAAUUUUUCACAAACUUAAAAAUGAAAACAAACUUGGUAAGGGUAUAAAUAAUUAAGUUGAUAAGUGCAUUAUGUAAAAAGGAAAAUUAGAAUUAUUGCAUAUUAUAAACUCAUUUGCAUCCCUCCUUAAUUUCCUUCCUUUCUCCUUUUUCUCAUUCCCAUUCUUUUUUUUGUCUUCUUGUCUCUCUCUUAUAUCACUCUCUGUGCAUAUCUCGCUUUAACGAAUACUCGCGAAAGGGCCGCCAUUGGCGGCCUUUCGCGCGCUUUUUGUGAGCGAUAUAAGGUGUUUAAAAGACGUUCUUGAGAGUUGACACAAUUGUGGAUUGGAAAGCAAAACAAAAGAAGUUGGUGAAUGCUAUCCUAAAGCCCCCAUCACACCAAACUAGUUUUCACUACGUGCUAGAACCGUCCUAGAAAAUCGUUAAACGGAUUGUGGUCGGGGUAGAAUGUGUAAAUAAUGUAUUUAAUACGAUCCUAGUUCGUCCAUAAACAGUCCUCAUUUCGUCCAUCUCGUCUGUACCCCGUCCAUAGUCAGUUUAGAUCGGAUACGUUUGCCAUUUCCAAGCAGUCCAAGCCCGUCUGUAAUUAGUUUAGACCCGUUUUUAACCAGUUCUCCCUGGUUACCAAUACGUCCAAACCCAUUGUCGCUAGUUCGCAUAUUGUUCUAACUAGUUUGUAACCAGAUCAUCCCGUUCGGGGACAGUUCAACUCGUCCUCCUCUCGUUCUUAAUGCGUUCGAACUAACAAACCCAAUACAGCACGUUCUUGCCAUUCAACUUCAACGCUUCAAUCUUUGCAGAUCAAGACAUUCAAGUGAAGCCCUCGUCACACCAAACUAGUUCUCACUACGUUCUGGAAAAUGUGGCCAAACGGGCUCAAACUGUGUGUAAACGGAGUGAACGUAUUAGCAUCUUUUUAAGAACUUCAUAGACGGGCCCGAACUGGCUUGGACGCGAAGGGUGCUCUAGAACUUUGAGUACGUUCAAAAUUUUCACCGUCCUGCAAUUAGACGGAGUGACAACGUACUUAAAACGAAAUGGACUUUCCUACGAACGGAAUUGCCGUACUUCGAUCCUAAUAGGAAUGUGUUACAACGUGAUGUGGUCGAGCAUCAAUUAGCAAGAACGCAAGAAGAAGAAGAAAGAAAAAAACGCGCUGGGUUUGUAUAGCCCUCGAACCAGGACGGGAUUGCACACGUACGAUAAGAGCGCGUUCGAAUGCACUAAGAACGAAAUGAGGACAAGUUGAACUGUCUCCGAACGGGGUGGUUGGGUUAUAAACUCAUUAGAAGAAGUUGCGAACUAUAGUACGAAUGGUUUGGACUGCUUGGAAAUGUCAAAUUUACCCGAUCUGAACUUGAUAUGAACUGACUGUGGACGGGGCAUAACGAGUUGGACGUAUCGUGGACUGUUAACGAACGAAAUAGAAUCGUAUUAUAGAGAUUAGACCAGUCCGAGCCCGUCCAUGAAGUCCUUAAACAGAUCGUAAACAGUUGCUCUUACGGUCAGCUCCGUUCGCAGAAACACAAAAAGUAACUACUAACUACACCCCUAAAGAACUGCUCUUAAUUGCAAAACCCUUAGAAUGUAUCACAAUGUCAUCUUACCGCAAUUUUGGUACAGUUGUUAUGUACACAUUGUGUGAAAAUAUUUAUUACUGUAUGGCUGAAUGAGCACAGAUUAAAGACAAAAUGGCCCAAUUCAAAAGUCACAAGCCAUUGUGCGUGCCUGUACAUUGUUGUGAAACAGCACAUGACUAAAUGCAUUGAUUAUGGUUUAUGAAACAAUGCUGUUUGAUAUUUUAUCGAUUUUUAUUUUUAAAUGGCACUUGUGGUAAAACAGUGCUUUUUGACAUGUUUUACUCCACAGUAAACUGCAAUGAUAAUAUUACUUUUGCAAAUUUUUAAAUAUGAAAAUAAAAAAUUAUUAUUAAACGUGUGCUUACUCAACCAUUGAUUAAUUAUAACCUCUUAUUAUUACUAGGUUUAGCACACCAAAAAUAAGUACUACAAACACAUGUUAUUUGAUGAUUGCAAAUGAUCAAGCUUUAU